UGUCUGCCUGGCUUGGGAAGCGACCCAGGAGUCGUGCGUAAAGGAAAACAAAAGGUUGGCAACUCAUUGGGGGGGGGGAUGGACUGCCACGGGUGAGUUUUAAAUGGGACGGCAGUGUAAUAAUCUUUUUCCUGUCGCCCGCAUUUUAGAAGAUGGAUUUGCCACAGAAAUAUGGUGGAAGCCUUUCCUCCAGCAAGGCCGAGCCCUGGAGCUCAGCGGACGGGACGUGGUGGUGAGGCACAUGGGGCUUUACUUCGUUUACAGCCAGGUGCUGUUCCAUGACCCCACCUUUACUAUGGGGCAGGUGCUGUGGCGGAAAGCUCCUGGGAAGCCCGGCCAAAUCCUGUUCCGCUGCGUCCAGAGCAUGCCCCCAAACCCAGAAAAGGCCUUCAACAGCUGCUAUAGUGGAGGGGUUUUCCACCUGCAGCCUGGAGACCGGCUGAACCUCCGCAUCCCUCGUUUCAACGCAUCCUUUGACCUGACUGUCCACGGGACCUUCCUGGGGUUUCUCCGUCUAUAGUGGUCUUCUCGGGGGUUCCCACCGUGAGAGACUUCGGGGCCAGAGUGUCAGUCAGCCAGAGUCAAAGACUUCUACGUUCUGCUCCGAACUUUCAGGGUCUGAUGGGGAAGAUGCUCUGUGGACCAGGGGGAUGAGCUAGUAUUUGUCGUAGGAAGCGAGAUAAAGAGCUUAGGCCAAGCUGAGCUGCUCGAGAACGUCUCUGACCCUCCUUUUUCAAGAUGGCAGAGCCUUUCCUGGCCCGCAGUGAGAGCACACAAGGCACCCGGGAUUAUAAGAGCAACAGCAUGUUCUUUCGUGGCCGGGAAGGGUUUGCCAUCCAGGUGUCCACCAAGGACAAAAAUGGAUUUUCCCGAGCCCUUAUGGUCGCUACUUCGAGCUUGGGAGGAUAAAAUACCCAGUACAGUGGUACCUCGGGUUACAUACGCUUCAAGUUACAUACGCUCCAGGUUACAGACUCUGCUUACCCAGAAAUAGUACCUCGGGUUAAGAACUUUGCUUCAGGAUGAGAACAGGAAUCGUGCUCUGGUGGCGCAGCGGCUGCAGGAGGCCCCAUUCGCUAAAGUGGUGCUUCAGGUUAUGAACAGUUUCAGGUUAAAAACGGACCUCCGGAACGAAUUAUGUACUUAACCAGAGGUACCACUGUAUCUAUUAUGCAGCAGCAUAAAGACCUUAACGCCUUGGCUCCACUGGAACGCACUUUCUAUAAA